UAAACAGUUUACGUGUGCAUCAGCUGUUUCCGAGAUACCAUCGCAACGCUCUUUUGAUGCAGGAUGAUUCACCACUCUACUGGUGUCUCUACUUCAACCUCUGUUGGGUGAAGAUUGGAAGAAGCUCUACACAUCAUGCAAGUCCGACAGGUUUACUACCGAGUGUUGAAGUUGUUGCUGUUCAUGUUGACGCCUGUGAUGUUGUGGGUGGGGCUGAUGGUGUUGACUAACUGCAACAUGCCUGUCCUCGUCGUUACCAGCGGAGACUUGUACCCGUCCUUCCUGAACCGAGGCGAUGUUCUGUUCCUCACCAACUACAAGGAGGAACCGAUCCGUGUUGGGGAGAUCGUGGUGUUCAAGGUGGAGGGCCGAGACAUCCCCAUCGUACACAGAGUCCUCAAAGUGCACGAAAAGGAGAAUGGCACAGUGAAGAUACUAACAAAGGGAGAUAAUAAUAUUGUUGAUGACCGAGGCCUCUACCCACCAGGGAAGUUCUGGCUCGAGAGAAGAGACAUCGUCGGUGUGGUGAAAGGCUAUGUUUCCUAUCUGGGGAUCGCUGCCAUAAUUCUUCAGGAGAAUCGUAUGGUCAAGUAUGGACUGCUUGCUUGGGUAGGUGUGUCACUUUGGACAUGAGAGAGAGCCUAGUAGAGGUUCCUCAACAGUUCACUGGUAUUCCGCCCGGGAUCCAUACAGCCACAAGCAUGAUGUACUGGGGAUGUAUUCAGUCUGCAAUACCCGGAGACAGACAAGCAAGAUGAACUUUGGGAGGGUUCAGGUCGGAAUCCCCAAAGAGAGAGAUGAGCAAGGUGUACUGGGGAUGUAUUCUGGUGGGAAUCCAUACAUCCACAAACAUGAUGUACCAGAAUCACGAGAUCGAGACAAGCAAGAUGUACUGGGGGAGAGUUCCUGCCCCAAGCAAUCCCAAGAGAGAGAGAGACAAGCAAGAUGUACUGGGGAGCUCUGCCCAGAAUCCCAAGAGAGAGAGACAAGCAAGAUGUACUGGGGGAGUGUUCUGCCCAGAAUCCCCAAGAGAAAGAGACAAGCAAGAUGUACUGGGGAGUGUUCUGCCCAGAAUCCUGAGAAAGAGAGACAAGCAAGAUGUACUGGGGGAGCAUUCUGCCCCGAAUCCCAAGAGAGAGACAAGCAAGAUGUACUGGGGAGUGUUCUGCCCAGAAUCCUGAGAGAGAGAGAGACAAGCAAGAUGUACUGGGGGAGUGUUCUGCCCCUGAAUCCCGAGAGAGAGACAAAAGCAAGAUGUACUGGGGAGUGUUCUGCCCAGAAUCCUGAGAGAGAGACACAAGCAAGAUGUACUGGGGAGCCUCUGCCCCGAAUCCCAGAGAGAGACAAGCAAGAUGUACUGGGGAAUAUUCUGCCCAAUCCCAAGAGAGAGAGAGAGAGAGAGAUGCUGCAAUAGUGGAGAUAAAUACUGUGUAAAUGGAGAGUGUAGUAAUUUGACCACAGUUCAUGGCUCUUUUAAAGGACAUACUCCUGAAUAUUUCUUGAUAGAUGUAAAAAAUAAAAAUAUAUUCUCGUCAAAUUGAAAGGCCAUGUUUACACUUUGUCACUGCAGUAAGACUGUAUUAUAGACUGAGAAAAAGCUGAUCUUUGUAAGAUUCUUAAACCUCUGACAAGGAAAAAUCAUUCCAUUUAGGACCUGUUGAUAAUAAUAUGGAAAAUCAUGUAAGAUUCUGUAAAUAUAGCAUCAGUUAGCCAAAUUGUUGCACCAAACUUCCAAAACUUUGGAGUUCCAUCACAGUCAAAGGUUGUUUGGUUGACAUGUUUCACAAUUUGACAUGGUCAUGAUAUCACUUGUAUGUCUGGAUGAGAUUUACAGUACGAUGUGAUACAGCAGGUAUACUUCAUCUGUGAUGACAACACACUCACAGAGCUGCAUCUAAAGUGUGAGUGAGUAUUACGCUGGUUUUAGCUUUACUACCCAUCAAACGUUUAGACUCACCUUCAAAUCACUCACUAUAUGUCAUGCAUGUAUAUAUGCUUAUAUCGAAGAUGAACUUUUCCUCUAACUUGGGGGACCAACUGCAAA